AUGAUAGCUGAUGAAGAGUACUGCAGUGACUGCAAAAGCUACACUCCAUUAGUGUAUGAUCACAAUGCUGGGGACACAAUCUGCUCCGAAUGUGGCUUGGUUCUUGAGUCCCGUUCCAUAGAAGAAGAAAUACCAAAAUUGAGACUCUAUGGGGAUAAACAUGAGGAUGAUGAUGAUGGUGGUGGUGACCAUGAAGAUGAAGAUGAGCAUCAAGAACAAGGAUUCAGUGUGAGUGACCCUUUCAACACUUUACUACUUACUAGUGGAGCUGGCCUUAGCACUCUUGUUACACACCCCUCCUUGUAUGAUAAUAACAAUAGUGAUAUGGUAAAAACUCGAAAGAAUCAACGGGGAAUCAAGAAUUCCAACAGGGAUGCCAAGAGAAAACUGAAGACAGAUUGCGAUCUCGUAGCCGCGCUCUUGACCAUGGAACAAAUGGCUAAUAACUUAGGCUUGGCUUGGAGCAUAAAAAAUCAUGCCAAGGAACUCUACAAGAAGGCAGAAGAUAGAAGGAAGAGGGAUUUCCAAAGGACUGUAAAGGAAAUUCAAAGUGUUUCUGGAGGAGCCAAAGAGAAGAAUAAGCAUAUUUACAAGGCCAUAGGAGUGUUCAAAAAGCAUUUUCAGGUGGGCAGAAAUUAUGACAAGACACAGGUCUUGGACAUAGGUGAACGCUUGUGCACCCAUCUUGGCCUUGACAACCAUGUCAUCAAAGCUGUGAGAGAAGUGCUGCAAAAAGCUCUGGAGUUUAUUGAAAGGAGCAGACCUUCUUCCGUUUUGGCAGCAACUAUAUAUAUGGUUGAUCAACUUUCUUCAGAUAAUAUGAUGCACUUCCGAGACAUCAAAGAAGUUGCAAAAGCUUGUAUAGUGAAGGAAUAUACAGUAAAGAAGGCAUAUAGAGAUCUUCAUGCACUUGCUUUUGUUCUGAUUCCAAGCUGGUAUGCCAAUGCUGAGGACAUAAAGCGACUCUGCAUUAUUUGA